UAAAACGGUCACUAUUCGUUUCCUAUUAUAGCCUUUAGAGGGCGCUACGUAUGGAAAUUGAUCCUACAGAAUUCAGCCAUUACUCCAACUCUGUUGAGUGAAUCUAUCAAGUAAACUAAUAUUAAAGAGGAUACUUCCUUUAACCGCUUUCAAAACAAAAAUCGAAUGGCGAAGCUAACCCUGGGCAGUUGUUUGACAUGAUGGUGCUUUUAUUUUGAAGACCGAUUCUUAUGACAUCCGGCGUUGUUCACGCUAACUCUGACAAAGCUAACUGAGCUAACUACUGUCUUUCAGCAGCAUCCAAACAUUAGCUUGCUGAGUAGCUUGUAGCUAGCUAAACUCCACAAACUAAUCGAAGCUAAUCUAUGAGUCGCAGGAGAAACUACAGUUUCGCUGAGACGAGCCUGACUCCUGAACUCCACGGCGCCUUCAUGGAGCCUCCCGGGACAGCAAGCCGAGCCGACGGCGAUUUCCUGGAGCUGGAGCCCGACGAGGAGCUGCUCUGCUCGGUCAGCGACAUCACCGAGCACCUCGGCAGGAACAUCACCGUGGUGCUGGAGACAGCGCUGUCUGAGAUCCGCAAAAUGGUCAGCAUCCGGAUCCGAGUCCUGAAAAUGGAGCUACGAGAGAAAACCGAGGAGAUUGAAGUGUUGAAGGCGAGACUGGAUACAGUCCAGAGGAACGGCAGGGAUCCGUUCCCCGGCGCGGCGACCACGGAUCCAUCUACAGAGGCGGGCUACAAGAAGCCUGACUUCAGCUCUGGAACCAAGCACAACAACGCCGACCCCAGGAGAGCCAAAGCUGUCAUGCCCGGGGUGAAGAAGGAGAACAUCGACGCGAUCUGUGACUAUCUGAUGAAAGACAAGAACUCCAGAGGCUGCGCUGACAUGGACGGAGACCAGAGCAGCCAAGCCAGCGGCGAGAGGGAGGUUCGCCCAGACCAGGACCCGCACUCUCUGAGCCUGUGGCCUGACGGCGGCAUGGCGGGCUCCGGGUCUGGGCACGGAGACUCCGAGUCCACCACGGAUGAUAUCUUCAGCAUGCUCCCCUCUGGCAGCAAACGGAUGUAUGACUACGAAUGGAUCGCACCGAUCGAGUAUUCUUCAGACCUGAAAGUGAUGAAGGAGCCCGAGUGUGAGAACGCCCUGACCGCUGAGACGGACAACGAGGAUGAAGACGAGUCGUCGAGGAGGGAAGGAAGCGGACUCGACCAGAACCAGGUGCCGCUCCCACACGUCCAGCCCCCUGACUUCUCCAUCGAGCCCCAGAGCUCUUCAGCAGAGGGAGGCAGCCCCCUGGAGGGCAACGCAGACAGGCCCGAGGCAGGUCAGCAGUUCCCCUCUCACACCUACAUCUGCUCUCUGUGUGGAACCUUCUGCCCCGACUCCAUGUUCCUGGAGGAGCAUAUUAAACUGAUACACUCAGACUCUGCUGGUGCCCAGACCCUGCAGGCCCUGCAGUCCACCUCCUCCGCUGCACCCACCAUGGGGGACGGCAGCAGUGAGUCCAGAAGGGUUGAGGAAGGGCAGAGCGAGGACGGCACGAGACCGGGACCCGGUGUCGGCAUCAGGAGGGGAGGGGGGCUUGUGAAAAAGGAGAUUAAAAUUGAGGGGGGGUACGAGUGCGGGGACUGUGGCCGCCAUUUUAACUACCUUGGCAACCUGCGCCAGCACCAGCGCAUCCACACCGGGGAGAAGCCCUUCAUGUGUCCGGAGUGCGGGGAGAGGUUCCGCCACGCGGCGCGGUUAAAGAGCCACAGGCUGGUGCACAGCGGCGCCCAGAGCCCCUUCCCCUGCCCCCAGUGCGGCAAAGGCUUCUCAGUGCUGUCCGGACUCAAAAGACACCAACGGGUGCACACUGGAGAGAGCCCGUACGCAUGCCCUCAGUGUGGCCGGCGCUUCAAGGAGCUGGGGAACCUGUACACCCACCAGAGGAUCCACAGCGGGGCCACGCCCUACUGCUGCCAGCAGUGUGGACGCAGCUUCCGCCACCUGGGGACCUACAAGAGCCACCGCUGCACGCUGGCACAGUGAUCUGUGCGGGACACGGUGCUGACUCUGACUCUGAGUGUGUGUGUCUCUUCACUGUCUGAUGUGUGUCUGUGUGGGAGGAGCGGGUCAGGUGGAGAACAGGGUUGGUUUUUUUUCUGCCCAAACUUUCAUCAAGAAACACUGUGUGAUUCAGCUUGAAGGUUCAUUCUACACCCAGUUUGAGACUCAACUCAAGGUCCCCUUACUUAUUUGAGUUUGCUCAGUCGAGUCCUCGUUGAGCCGUCACAGUUAAAAGUCCUACAGCUGCUCAUCCACUGAUGAAGACUGUGUUACAUGGCUGAGAGCUCUGGAUUAACUUGAGUUGUUUUGUCAAAAGGUUGUAUGAAGAAAGCAUUCAGGUAGUAAGAGGUCUUUCAGUCAAAGUCAUGAUGAGCAGAGGUGGAUCCAGGUCCACGUCCCCAGAGGAAGACCUUCUGGUUACUGGACCGGACCUCACCAGUGGUUUCUGCAUGUUUGAGUCCACUUCCUGUAAUCUGGAUACAUUUAAAAGAUAUUUCCUGUUUAUUACAACUUUGGUUUGGUGCUCACAGCUUUGUCCAUCAUUUUAUCCGUUAUGAUGACUCUGUAGUCACCAAGGUAACAGCUGAGACCUGUGACAUCAUCACAGUCAAAGGAUCAGUCAGGAAACAAACCAAACGUUUGGGAGUGAGAACACCUGAGAUGAGGUGAGGUUCACUAAGUUUCAGCUCGAAAAAGUUUUAUAUUUAACUUUUUAUCUUUUAUUGAACUUUUAGCCUGUAACUUUUGGAAUGAAACUUUUUUCUGGUGUCUGUCCUCAGCCAAAUAAAAGACGAGUUUUAGUUUAUUUAUACUUUGAAAAUAACAAAAAUGUCAAGGAUUCAGAGUGGAUAAAAUGCUGUCAUCAUGUUUCUGAUAAUCCCUCAUCGUCCAGGAAAACUGUGCACAACUACUGAUGUUCCUCAGUGAGCUCAGUGUUACCAUGACUGAUAAAACCAACGGCCAGAACUAAAAAAAAAAAAA